AGACUUUUUUUAUGAUGGCAUUUAUCAAACAAGUAACACUCCUGUGCCUUCUGGUAUCAACGACUAUAAUAGCAGACAAAUGUCCACAACCGUGCACCUGCUUUGGUAUUACUGUCACAUGUACCGGCAAAGGAAUAACAGAAGUGCCACAAGAUUUACCAAAAGAAACAAUGAACCUAAAUCUUAACUUUAACCAAAUCAGCCAUAUACCCAAAAUUGCUUUUCAGGGGUUAUACCAAUUAAAAAAUCUUCAACUUAAUGGAAACCAACUGAAUGAAAACAGUAUAGAAAAUGGUAGCUUGAGAAUAUCUACUAUAGAGACUCUUGAUUUGUCAUCUAAUUUGUUCACGUUAAUACCACGAGAACUCCCGCCUAACUUGUUAAGAUUGACCAUCUUCUAUAAUCAUAUAACUAGACUAAAAGUAAACGAUUUCGUGAAUUCUACGUCCAUCAUUUAUUUGUAUGCAAAUGACAACCUCAUAUCGUUUAUCGAGGAACAUACAUUCGAUCCUUUAUCCAGUGUUACAGAAAUAAGCUUGAGUGGAAAUAGGUUACUAGAUGGCAGCAUUAGUAGAAGCAUAUUUAUGAAAAACAUCAAUCUGACACAUUUAGAUCUAAGUAUCAACAAGAUUAGAACCCUUCCGGAUAUGUCAUAUUUUCCCUCUUCGUUGAAUUUUCUUAGUAUCCUUGGGAACAAUAUUACCGUUAUUCCAUCAAACGCUUUCAGGAGGCUAACAAAUCUUACUCAUCUGUUAUUAUGGGAAGGUGCGUACACAACAUUAGAGGAUAAUGCAUUCAAAGGAUUGGACAACCUAUAUGAACUAAACAUUGCCAAUGACAACGUGUCAGUAGUAACACAAAUGAAAUUCAACGGUCUUGAGUCAUUAGAUACAUUAUGGUUGUCGGGUAAUCAUAUCAGCAAAAUUCAAAAUGGAACAUUUAAUUCGUUAAAAAACCUCAGAAUAUUUUGGUUAGACUUCAAUAAACUUGCGUCAUUGGAAUCUGGAGUGCUAGAGACACAGUUUUUACCACAACUGGUAGCUGUGUCUAUCACCGGAAACCCAUGGAUGUGUGACUGCCAUCUGAAAUGGUUACGUGAAAUUAUGGACAAAGGUCCGUUUAGAAUCCCGGAUGCACAUCUUGUUAAGUGUGACGGACCUGCUAAGCUAGCUGGAAAGGCAUGGGACGAUAUUAAACCUAGCGACUUCGUAUACAGAAUGAUGAUGUUGCCUGGUUCCUUACUGGUCAUGGUGUUCAUAUUAGUGCCCGACUUUGUAUUGUUACAAAACUGUCCACCACCUUGUGAAUGUAUCUCCACAACUGUUUACUGCAAUAUGACCGGUAUCACCAAUGUUCCAAGUGAUUUACCUAUAAACACUGAGACUCUAUAUAUUGGAAAUAAUCCGAUAAAAUUUAUCGCAAAAACCGCAUUCGAUGGUCUAGAUAAAUUAGCUUGGCUCGAUUUCUCAGGAAAUAAUUUUAAAGAAAGUAGCAUCGAAAAGGGAGCAUUGAAUAUACCGAGUCUUCUUGUGUUAGAUUUGACUCAGAAUUCCUUUAUAACGAUACCACAGGAACUGCCACCUAACCUAAUCAGGAUAUACUUUUAUUAUAACCCAAUAACAACGUUGAAAGCAACAAGUUUUGUCAAUCAUUCUACGAUCCAAUUUCUGUACUUAGAUAACACACAACUUAACAAAAUUGAAGAUCAUGCAUUUGAUCCGCUUGUGAAUGCUGUAGAAAUUGAUCUUGCGUUCAACAAAUUAGUCGAUGGAAGUUUCGGUCCAAUGACUUUUGUCAAGAAUCAGAAGUUGAUAAAUUUGGGAUUCAGAUUCAACAAUUUGAAGACUAUUCCUGACACUUCUAAUUUUCCAGUUUCGCUUCAAAGUUUGGAUUUCGUUGGCAAUAAGAUAAAAGUUAUUCCAGCUUAUGCUUUCCGAACACUCACCAACUUAACUUCAAUGGCUUUCUGGCAAGGGGAGAUAAACGAUAUCGAAAAUAAUGCAUUUAAUGGUUUGAAUAAACUAUCAUACUUAGACAUGAUGCAAGACCAUGUUUCUUCUAUUACAAAUUUAACAUUAAAUGGUCUUACUGGUUUACAGAAUGUAUUCCUGGAUUUGAAUAAUAUAAGUAAAAUAGAACCUGGAGCGUUUCAAACUACCAGAAGCAUUCAACAGUUGUGGUUGGGUUCCAACAAAUUAACAUCACUUGUGCCAGAAGUUCUCAACAAAACCUUUGUUCCACAGUUAUCUGCCCUUUACAUUGACGACAAUCCUUGGAUUUGUGACUGUCAUCUAAGAUGGUUGCGUCAAAAAAUGGAGGAGGAACCUAAUGUUAUUCAGGAUCCACAUCUUAUAGUGUGUAGUGGACCACCAAAAGUUGCUGGAAAGGCUUGGGAUAGCUUAGAACCAAACGACUUCGUUAGGACCAAAUUAACCAUGAUGAACUCUGCAUUAACAUGCGUGGUGAUAUCAUUACUGAGGUUUACGUUUACCAUAGCAGACGAUUGUCCUUCUCCAUGUGAUUGCCGUGAUGAUAAUACUAUAGUUUUCUGUAAUAGUACUGGGAUAUCAGAGGUUCCAAAAGAUUUACCCCAAAAUACAGUGACCUUAAAUCUUGGAUAUAACAACAUCAAAUCGAUACCAACAGGUUCAUUUAAGGACCUUAAACAACUACAGUAUCUAGGUUUGGGUGGUAACCAGUUCACAGAAACCAGUUUUCUGAAUGGCGCAUUAAACAUUCCAAGCAUUCAAACUUUGGACCUCUCAGGUGGAUCAUAUAUGUCAAUACCACAAGGUUUACCCCCAAAUUUUACUACACUGUAUUUUUUCGAUAAUCCAAUAACAAAUUUAUCAGCCAAUAGUUUUGUCAAUGCAUCUUCAAUUGAAUACCUCGAACUGAGAUACAACCAACUCAAAACAAUUGAAGACCAUGUCUUUGAUCCGUUGGUAAAUGCUUCUGAAAUUGAUUUAAGUUUUAACAAACUUGUCGAUGGCAGUUUUUCACCGUUAUCUUUCGUAAAGAAUCAGAAGUUAUUGAAUUUAGAAUUCAGAUUUAAUGAUCUGAAGACCUUUCCAAAUACAACACAUUUCCCAAGAUCUUUACAGCAUUUUGAUGUGGUUGGAAAUCAGAUAAAAGUUAUACCUGCUUUUGCGCUGCGAACAUUGACCAAUUUACAAACAAUAGAAGUAUGGAAUGGCGCUAUAACAACAGUCGAGGACAACGCAUUUUAUGGACUUAAUAAGCUAACAAUUUUGGAUUUUAUGGAAGAUCACGUCUCGUCGGUUUUAACAAAUCUCACCUUUAAUGGACUCACUGCAUUAAAACAACUUUUCUUUGAUUCAAAUCAAGUAUCUAAAAUUGAAGUUGGAACGUUUCAUCGAAUGACGGCUAUUCGGGAACUCUGGUUCAGUUCGAACAAUUUAACAACACUUCAAGAGGGAGUAUUUGAUUUGAAAUACAACAAAAAUCUAUCUGUAAUUUAUUUAGACUUUAACCCUUGGAUUUGUGACUGUCAUAUAAGAUGGCUCCGACAAAUGAUAGACGAUCAUCCAGACCUGAUACAGGAUACAGGGCUUUCUGUUUGUAAAGGACCACCACCAGUUGCCGGCAAGUCAUGGGCUGUGCUCACACCAAAGGAUUUCGUUUGUAAAUAAAGUGUUGAAAUCAGCGAAGUAUUACAUAUACAUUUUAUUUCAAUAUCAGCAUUCAAAGCAUAAAAUCUACACAUAUUAUUUUCACUCAGCACUAUUUGUAUUCUUCUAAUAGAACAGAAACAAUGAAAUCAAUUUAAGUGUAGACCAAACUUAUUGUACCAUUCCUUCAGUAGUUGACUCUGAAUUAUCGUUCUUUAAACUUACAACUGGCUCAAAUAAUAUACUGCUUUUAUUAUGGUAUACAUGUAAAAAAUCAUAAACGAAACAAAGUUUGCUUCUGUGUACUUCACCAUUUAAAUUGAUUCC